AUGCAGGUCCCGUUGCUACGGCUCCAGUGCGGCGUCAACUCGUACGCCUGGGGGAAACAGGGUCUCGACUCGGCCGCUGCCCGCUUCGCUGCUGCCACGCCCGCUGAAGGCGUGACCAUCGAGUCGGACAAGCCCUACGCUGAGCUUUGGAUGGGUACUCAUCCCUCCAACCCCUCCCGCGACGUCGCCACCGGCCGUACCCUCCUCGACAUCUUCUCCGACAACCAAGCCUUCCUCUCCUCCAACAUCGCCGCCCGCUACGCCAACAAGCUGCCCUUCCUCUUCAAGGUCCUCUCCAUCAGCAAGGCCCUUUCGAUCCAGGCCCACCCCAACAAGUCCCUCGCCGAGCAGCUCCACGCCCGCGACCCCAAGAACUACCCCGAUGACAACCACAAGCCCGAGAUGGCCAUCGCCAUCACCCCCUUCCAGGGACUGUGUGGCUUCCGACCCCUCGCGGAGAUUGCCCACUUCCUCGAGGCAGUACCGGCCUUGAAGAGCCUUGUAGGCGACGAAGCUGCCAAGGAGUUUGCUGCGGCCGCGGAGGACCCUGCUGAAGGAGUUACUGACUUCAAGAAGGCGGCGCUGAAGAAGGCUUUUGGUGCCCUCAUGUCAUCGUCCCCCGAAUCCAUCGCCGAGCAGACCUCGAAGCUCGUGGAGCAGGCCACCGCUGAGGGCGCUGAAUUCGCCGCUGGCGGCGUUGCCUCAACCUCCGGUGAGACCCUGGCUGGGCUCGUUAAGCAGCUCCAAAGCGAAUUCGGCAACGACAUUGGUCUUUUCGUCCUAUUCUUCCUCAACUACGUCACCCUCGAGCCUGGCGAGGCCUUGUUCCUUGUUGCUGAUGACAUCCACGCCUACGUCUCGGGAGAUAUCAUGGAGUGCAUGGCCUCCUCAGACAAUGUCGUCCGUGCCGGCUUCACCCCCAAGUUCAAGGACGUCACCACCCUCGUCGACAUGCUCACCUACAACUUCGCCCCUAUCGACCAGCAGAAGAUGACUCCCACCGAGUAUCCCUACGUCACCUUGAACCGCAAUGGUUACAGCUCUGGGUCCUCCGUUGAGCUUUACGACCCCCCAAUCGACGAGUUCGCCGUCGUCCGCGCGCUUCUGCGCGGUGAUGGAGCCAAGGCCACCUUUGAGUCCCUCGAUGGACCUAGCAUCAUCAUUUGCACCUCCGGCAAGGGUCGCAUCUCUGUCGGUCCCACUAGCGCAGAGAUGAAGGAGGGGUACGUCUACUUCGUUGGUGCUACGGCCGAGUGCGUCCUCGAGUCUGAAGGCGGCGAAGACGACGAGUUCAUCACUUUCAAGGCGUUUUGCGAGAUUGAUGAGUCAGGAGACAAGGAGAAGCUGUAG